AUGAGUUACCUCUACUCCCCCUACAGAUCCUAUGCCAGACCCCACUAGUAUUCACCCACCCGUUCAUAUGUCUCCCCAGUUUACACAUCCACUCCACCAAGAGGUAAGACUCCUCUGCUAAAUAUUUAAGGCAAUUCUUGGGUGGAGAGAAUCCCAGUUGAGCAGAGAUACACUGAGUAUGUUCCAGAACAGAGAAUUGAAUACAAGCCAGUCGAGAGAAGAUACACAGACUAUGUGGAAAUCGAGCAUUACAGAGAUUAUGUCCCAGUCCCAAGACUUGAAAGAAGAGUAGAAUACGUGCCAAUCGAGAGAUACGAUGAAGCAGUCGACUAUGUUCCAGUGGAGAGAUCCAGUGUUGUUCGCCAACCUCUGUCAAAUUCUUUAGCCUACAGCAGAUAUUCCAGAUAUCCAUCCAGAUAUUAUUAUUAUUGA